UACGCUGCAUUCAGCUUUACGACCAGUUUUCAAGCAGUACAUGAGUCAUAGUUUGCAUCAAAAACAACGGCAAAAUGUCCAGACACGACCUACAGUAGUGGGCCAAUUACCCUGCAACAACUGCAUUCUACAACGGCUGGUGUACACGGGAGGGUAUAUAUUUUAUGGACAAGUUCAGUGUUGAUGUGAUGCUGGAGGAUCAGGCUGUUGUGCACUGAGCCUCCCAUGGCUGCUAGUACCAUGGACUCUGAGUCAGCCCGGAGACCUCAGCCUCAGACCGGUCUGACCAAAGGAGGUCACUCCCUGCUGCUUGAUGGGGCUCCAAGCACCAGGCUGGGCUCUCAAGGGAAGCACUAUGUCUGUGGUUCCAUUGCAGCUUUUACCAAUAUUGUGGUGACUUUCCCCAUCCAGAAGGUGCUGUUCCGACAGCAGCUCCAUGGUGUGUUGGCGACUGAGGCGGUGCGGCAGCUCCAGAGGGAUGGGUUGAGGAAUCUUUACCGGGGCAUGCUUCCUCCCUUGCUUCAGAAGUCCACUACAGUGGCCAUUAUGUUUGGACUGUAUGAGGACUUCUCUAGAGUAUUACUUAACCGGGCUAAUAACAGCGGUGUGCCAGAGCUGGUCACACGAAGCUUUGCUGCAGCAUUGGCAGGAACUGCAGAGGCCGUCCUGACGCCAUUUGAGCGUGUGCAAACUCUAUUACAAGACCAUCGGCACCAUGGGCGCUUCAACAACACAGCCCACACCUUCCGGACACUUCUGACUGAGUAUGGUUUCACAGAGUGCUACCGUGGCCUCGUGCCCAUACUGCUCCGUAAUGGCCCCAGCAAUGUGCUCUUCUUCGGGCUCCGGGGGCCCAUCAAGGAGCAGCUCCCAAAAGCAACUACCCGGCCAGGUCACUUGGUUAAUGAUUUUGUGUGCGGAGGCCUGUUGGGGGCAGGCCUUGGCAUUAUGUUCUAUCCACUAAACGUGGUAAAGUCACAGGCUCAGUCUCAGGUCGGUGGAGCCUUCCAGCCUUGUAGGAAGGUGCUGCUAACAGUGUGGAGAGAGAGGGGUGGCAGCCUGGUCAUGCUUUUUAGAGGGGCCCACCUCAACUAUCACCGUUCACUCCUCUCCUGGGGGAUCAUCAAUGCCACCUAUGAGCUGCUGCUGAAGGUCAUAUGAGAUGGGGGAUGGCGAUGACAUCAUGUAAAUUUAGAAAGAAAGAGAAUGUACAGUACUUAAUGGGAAAAACCUGUUUGUGCUGACAGAGGAACCACUUUGUUCAGCCAAAAGGAAACUGUUAAGCAACGCCAGUGCUCGAGGCUUCAUAACUGCAGUGUAGACAGCAGUGAAGUUGCACUUGUGACAGGGGCCAACAGUGAGUGUGAGAUAACCACCUACCAUUGUGACGAUUUGCUGUUGUCAGAGUAUUAAAAAGAAUACACACGCUUUAGCUUAUACAACACUUGUGCCAGGGUCCAAUUCAAAUGCCCUUGUUUGCUUUGUGUACAAAGAUUUUAUGAUAAAACCAAACUCUAAGUGCUUUUCUGAAGCAAAAGUUACUUGACUAAAUAAACUGUUUUGUAGGAAACAAAAAAUUUUUGUAUGUGCUGUGUGCUGUAGUGUUAUGUACAACAACCAUCUGUCUGUAAGAGGACUUUCUCUAUGAAGCUGAAUUUUGGCACUUAAUUUACACCAUUUUGACCAUUGAAAUUGGCUAAAUAUUAUUUUCAAGGUGAGUUUAAGGCCAGUUUAUUUCUCUGUAUGCUCAGUCUCCACCAAUUCAAUGUAAAUGUUGAAAGAUCAGAAGGCUAAGAAAGGGUUGAACUUACCAGUGAUCCAACAUGUUCUUGGAGAUGCCGUCUAGCAGAUAGAGGCAGGCUGCUUUAAAGUGUCUUUUUUGACACAUGAUUUGUGUAUGUGAAACAUUUUGUCAAACACUGUUGGCUUGGUUUAUCUUCCUAAGUGUUACUGGCAGGGUGUAUAUCACUUGAGUUUUGACAACUCUCCACUGAUGUAUAUGUUGGUAAAACACAGUUACAUCCAGGUCUUGUCUGUUUUUAUGAUUCACUGGAAGAGAGUAAAAUCAGAUUUAGCUGAGACUAAUUGCAUUGAAAAUGUUCUGCCUUUAUAUAAGGUAACAUUUUUAAACCAAAUUUUUGCAGCCUCAGAAAAAACCUAUAAUAUAAACUUGACCAUGCACUGUCGCUGCAUUUGCUUUCAACUAAUACAUUUUUAUUGACUAUGAAAUAAGUGCUUCUCAAUGUGUUUUUUUUUUUAUUAAACUUAAUGUCACUUGUUUUCUACAUGUAUUUCUCCCCCUUUGCUCACUCUUCUAUAAUGCGUCUUCUCACACUCGCUCUCCUCUGUCUGUAACGUCUGUUGACAUAAUGGGCUCAGAUUUCAAGCUCGAGUAGAUGCAUUCAUCAGUAGCUCUUGCUGGAUACGACGGCUCGAAGAGGAAGGGCAUGCUCCUAGGACCCUGAGAGAGAUCAGUGAGAGAAGACAGGGCAGAGGGUGAUGUUCAGUGGCACAAAACGCUCAAGCUGCCAUGUAAACAGAUCACUUGGCCUAUUUCCUCAGUUCUUUUUGAUUUGACUGUCCACAGUCCACUGUAUUUUUGCAGGGGAUCCUUUUUUUCCCCCAAGUUUCCUCUUUGGAAGUACAACUUUGUAUUUUAUGUUUUGAAAGUGGGAUACUUGCAGACAUUAAAGCAUUCUGUUUAUAGUUGCCACUUUCUCUGACGCACAAGUAUCCAAAUCACUAUAAAAAUGUCAAAUGAAUAAUUGCAGCCAAAUAAAAAAAAAUUGAAAAUCCAUUAAAGAUGUUGGCAGUGAAUGCAUCUGCUCUUUGGUUGUAUUUGAAGACACAUCUGUCAGCUGUCACAUUUUCUCAAAGAAUAAGCUAACAAAUGAUUUUUUACUGACAUACAUUAUGAAAAUGAAUGGCUUCUGUUCCUUGUGAUCCCUGUGCCAGUUAAUCAUACUUUACAGUAAAACCUCUCACCUGUCUGACCAAAUAUGCACUGUAAACUGUUC